ACCCCACACACUCUACUUGAAGGACAGGGCGAGGCUCUGUCUCAAAAGGAAAAAAAAAAAGAUUAAAAAAUAAUCAGAUUGCGCAAAGACCGAGGAGGCAAGGAAAGGUGUUUUGCUUAGGUGAGAUCCAAGAACUUACAACCUCAGUCCCCACCGCCCUGCCGCUUAGCGCAAGGAAUCAGCAGACCUUGGAAAGUUGAACGGAGGGAGGAGCCAUUAAUCCUUAGCCAAGAUGGCAGCCUCCUUGCCUCUUCGCCACUAUACCAAGAUGGCUAUCACAGGAAGUACGUCACGAGAGAGGCUGGGAGAUCUGCGCGCGCACGCCUCAAACGGUCUUUUUAAAGGCACCAGCGGCAGAUUUCUUCCUCUGACAAGAUGGCGGCGGGGGGCAGCGGCGGCGGUGGUAGGCCCGGCUCGAAAAGUAAUGCAGAUUCCGGCUUUCUGGGACUGCGGCCUACUUCGGUGGACCCGGCGCUAAGGCGGAGGCGGCGAGGCCCGAGAAAUAAGAAGCGGGGUUGGCGGCGGCUGGCUCAGGAGCCCCUGGGGCUGGAAGUUGAUCAGUUCCUAGAGGACGUGCGGUUGCAGGAACGCACAAGCGGAGGUUUGUUGUCAGAGGCCCCUGAUGAUAAACUCUUCUUCGUGGACACUGGCUUCAAGGAAAAAGAACUGAAAAAGAAGAGGACCAAAGUCCAGAAGAAGUCUCUGCUUCUCAAGAAACCUCUUCGGAUUGAUCUCAUCCUUGAGAACACAUCUAAGAUCCCUGCCCCCAAAGACAUCCUCGUUCACCAGGUCCCCAACUCCAAGAAGCUCAGGCGGAAGGAGCAGCUAUGGGAGAAGCUGGCAAAGCAGGGCGAGCUGCCCCGGGAGGUGCGCAGGGCCCAGGCCCGGAUUCUCAACCCACCUGUGGCCAAGGUCAAGGCUGACCCCCAGGAUGCUGUUGAGCGGCCCUUCUACGAUCUCUGGGCCCCAGACAAUCCUCUGGACAGGCCAUUGGUUGACCAGGAUGAGUUUUUCCUGGAGCAGACCAAGAAGAAAGGAGUGAAGCGACCACCACGUCUCCACACCAAGCCCUCCCAGGCACCCGCUGUGGAGGUGAUGCCCGCUGGAGCCUCUUACAACCCAUCCUUUGAAGACCACCAGACCCUUCUCUCUGCAGCCCACGAGGUGGAGCUGCAGCGGCAGAAGGAGGUGGAGAAGCUGGAGCGGCAGCUGGCCCUGCCUGCUGGGGAGCAGGCUGCUACCCAGGAGUCUACAUUCCGGGAGCUAUGCCAGGGGCUAUUGGAGGAGUCUGACGAUGAGGGGGAGCCAGGCCAGAUGUGUGAGAGCCCUGAGGCUGGAGAAGCUGAGGCCUGUACCCCACCCAUCCGCCUAGCCACUGCUGAGAAGAAGACAGAGCAGCAGCGGCGGCGGGAGAAGGCCGCCCGCAGCCUACGGGCACAGCAGGCUGCAAUGCGAACUGCCCGGAUCCGGCACCAGGAGCUCUUCCGGCUACGAGGGAUCAAGGCCCAAGUGGCCCAGCGGCUGGAAGAGCUGGCGCUGCGGCGGAGGCGGCGGCAAGCCCAGCGGCUGGCUGAGGCCAACAAGCCCCACAGACUGGGGCGGCUCAAGUAUCAGGCUCCUGACAUUGAUGUGCAGCUUAGCUCGGAGCUAUCCGACUCGCUCAGGACCCUGAAGCCCGAGGGCAACAUCCUCUGUGACCGGUUCAAGAGUUUCCAGAGAAGGAAUAUGAUCGAACCUCGGGAAAGAGCCAAGUUCAAGCGCAAGUACAAAGUGAAGCUCGUGGAGAAGCGUGCAUUCCGGGAGAUCCAGUGAGUGGGACCCCCUUCCCUGCCAGGGUGGGCUGGGCUGGCUGUGACCAGCUCAAACUAAAGAAAGGACCCCUUCUCUUCUGUGACAUCCACCAGGUCCCUGGGUCUUUGCUAAACGCAGCAGUUUUGGCCAGCAAUUGAGCAUUGCUCCCUUGGCACAGCCUAGGUGACAGUCAGAUGCCCUGAACCCAGAAUUCGGGCUGGGGGGUCCCCAAAGGGAAACUGAAGGGCAGAGGGGAGUCAAGUGGCCAAGGACAUGGGUACUC